AUGAUGGCACCUCGCCGCGCCUUCUCCCGCCUCCUCCCCGCCCUUGCGCUCGUCGCGCUCCUCUGCUUCGCGCGCGUCGAUCACGCCGCGUGCAACGCGCGCUCGUUCGGCCUUCCGCGUUUCGGGGGAAGGCUCGGCGGUUUGGUGGGGGGAUCGGGGACAGGCGGCAUCUGGUCCUACUUCCGCCCCCCCGGGACCGGCGGCGCCGGGGGAAGUGGCGCGACGAACGUGCAGAGCGGGCAGGGCGGGUUUGGCUCGCAAGGAGGUGGCGGAAUGAGCGGACAACCGGGUAGCGCGGGCGGAGGGGGGAUGGGCGGAGGAGACAUCGGCGGAGGAGGCAUGGGCGGAGGAGGCAUGGGCGGAGGAGGCAUGGGCGGAGGGGGCAUGGGCGGAGGGGGCAUGGGCGGAGGGGGCAUGGGCGGAGGGGGCAUGGGCGGAGGGGACAUGGGCGGAGGAGGCACUGGCGGAGCAGGCAUGGGGGGGGCAAGCAUAAGCGGACCAGGCAUGGGCGGACCAGGCAUGGGCGGACCAGGCAUGGGCGGAGGAGGCAUGGGCGGACCAGGGAUGGGCGGAGGAGGCAUGGGCGGAGGGGGGAUGGGCGAAGGAGGCAUGGGCGGAAGAGGGAUGGGCGGAGCAGGGAUGGGCGGAGCAGGGAUGGGCGGAGGGGGCAUGGGCGGAGCAGGCGUGGGCGUACCAGGGUUGGGAGGACCAGGAAUGGGCGGAGUAGGCACUGGGGGAGGAGGUAUGAGCGGGGGAGGCAUGGGCGGAGGAGGCAUGGGCGGAGCAGGAGGCAUGGGCGGAGGCGGCAUGGGCGGGGGAGGCAUGAGCGGGGGAGGCAUGGGCGGAGCAGGGGGCAUGGGCGGGGGAGGCAUGAGCGGGGGAGGCAUGGGCGGAGCAGGAGGCAUGGGCGGGGGAGGCAUGGGCGGAGGCGGCAUGGGCGGGGGAGGCAUGAGCGGGGGAGGCAUGGGCGGAGCAGGCGGCAUGGGCGGGGGAGGCAUGAGCGGGGGAGGCAUGGGCGGAGCAGGGGGCAUGGGCGGGGGAGGCAUGGGCGGGGGAGGCAUGGGCGGAGGCGGGAUGGGCGGGGGAGGCAUGGGCGGGGGAGGCAUGGGCGGAGGCGGCAUGGGCGGAGGCGGCAUGGGCGGCGGGGUGAUGGCGAGCAACGGGUGUCCGGGGUACGAGUGGCGGGGGCAGGGCACGGUGAGCACGCCGGUGCAGCAGACUCUCUCCUUGGCCGUGCCGCUCGCCCCCACGCUCGCCGCCUCCGCCAUCCCCGUCUCCGUGGGCGCCUGCAAGAUGGGCCCCAUCGGCUUCGCCCUCAACGGCGUGCCCUUCUACAGGUGGGCCGCAGGGGGAGCGGGAUGGGCAGGGUCGUAUUUCGCUUCACUGCCGCGUCCACUCCUCUGUCCCAUCCUCGUGCCUGCUACCUAUUCUCACUCUGCAGUGUCCCACUCUCCCGUCCAUGGGUUGUUGAUGGCACUCGUCAUUGCCAUUCCGUGCAUUCCUCUGUCCCGUUCUCCUGCCAGCUGGCCUCUGCUGCUGGAUUUUCUCUUUCCUGGCGGUACAUCCCCCCUCACUCACCCCUCAUCCCCGUGUUACACCGUGCUCCCCUGCCCUGCUGCCCCCAGUGCAUGUGACGCCUUGGGGCGGGACGCGUUGAAGUACGAGGGGGCGAGCUUCGACGCGUGUGGGGGGCACCCGUCCCCCUUCGGCCAGUACCACUACCACCUCGCGCCCGGCGUUGCCAACCCCUCCGCCAUCUCCGCCUCUCGCUCCACCGACUUCCAGCUCUGCUCCUGUGAUUCGUCCGUUUCAUGCAUCCUGCACUGCCCCGUGCCAUUCAUUCCCAAGACAUCUCACUGGCUUCUCAUGUCAUCCCUCCAUUCACUCCCAUCCCUCCAUCUCUCCAUCUCUCCAUCUCCCCAUCUCCUUAUCUCCCCACCUCCCCAUCUAUCCAUCUCCCCAUCCCCCCAUCCACCCAUCCCCACCCAUCACAGUGCCUCCUUCUGGCAGGACGAGCCCGGCUUGCACUCGCCGUUGCUGGGCUUCCUGGCGGACGGCAUUCCGCUGUACGGCCCGCGGGGGGCAGGGGGGGAGCUGCCCGCGGGGGUGGACGAGUGCGGGGGGCACGUGGGCGACGGCAGUGCGGGCGAGCCGGCGUUCUACCACUACCACGCCAGCAGCACCGCGCCCUACACCGUUGCCUGCCUCAAGGGCUGCGUUGCCUCCUCUGACUGGCCCUCCCUCGGCUCUGCGACUUGCACCCCGGGCAGCAGUGAGUGCUUGGCGCUCCUGCUGCUGCUGCUGUUGCCACACGCACUCCCACCCGAUGACCCGCCGCCCAUGCCGCCUCCGCCCAUGCCGCCUCCGCCCAUGCCUCCCCCGCCCACGCCUCCUCCACCCAAAAUUCCCCCGCCCACGCCUCCUCCGCCCAUGCCUCCUCCGCCCACGCCUCCUCCACCCAAAAUUCCCCCGCCCACGCCUCCUCCGCCCAAAAUUCCCCCGCCCACGCCUCCUCCGCCCAAAAUUCCACCCAAAAUUCCCCCGCCCACGCCUCCUCCGCCCACGCCUCCUCCGCCCACGCCUCCUCCGCCCACGCUUCCUCCGCCCACCCCUCCUCCGCCCACGCCUCCUCCGCCCACCCCUCCUCCGCCCACGCCUCCUCCGCCCACGCCUCCUCCGCCCACGCCUCCUCCGCCCACGCCUCCUCCGCCCACGCCUCCUCCGCCCACGCCUCCUCCGCCCACGCCUCCUCCGCCCACGCCUCCCCCGCCCAAAAUUCCCCCGCCCACGCCUCCUCCGCCCAAGAUUCCUCCGCCCACGCCUCCUCCGCCCAAAAUCCCCCCCAAAAUUCCCCCGCCCACGCCUCCUCCGCCCACGCCUCCUCCGCCCAUACCUCCUCCGCCCACGCCUCCUCCGCCCACGCCUCCUCCGCCCACGCCUCCUCCGCCCACGCCUCCUCCGCCCACGCCUCCUCCGCCCACGCCCCCUCCGCCCACGCCCCCUCCGCCCACGCCCCCUCCGCCCACGCCCCCUCCGCCCACGCCUCCUCCGCCCACGCCUCCUCCGCCCACGCCUCCUCCGCCCACGCCCCCUCCGCCCACGCCUCCGCCGCCCACGCCCCCUCCGCCCACGCCUCCUCCGCCCACGCCUCCUCCUCCCACGCCUCCUCCUCCCACGCCCCCUCCGCCCACGCCUACUCCGCCCACGCCUCCUCCGCCCAUGCCUCCUCCGCCCAUGCCUCCUCCGCCCAUGCCUCCUCCACUCACGCCUCCUCCGCCGAUGCCUCCUCCGCCCACGCCUCCUCCGCCCACGCCGCUUCCGCCCACGCCUCCUCCGCCCACGCCUCCUCCUCCCACGCCUCCCCCGCCCACGCCUCCUCCGCCCAUGCCUCCUCCGCCAAGGCCUCCUCCGACAAGGCCUCCUCCGCUCACGCCUCCUCCGCCCACGCCUCCUCCGCCCACGCCUCCUCCGCCCACGCCUCCUCCGCCCACGCCGCCUCCGCCCACGCCUCCUCCGCCCACGCCCCCUCCGCCCACGCCUCCUCCGCCCACGCCCCCUCCGCCCACGCCUCCUCCGCCCACGCCUCCUCCGCCCACGCCUCCUCCGCCCAUGCCUCCUCCGCUCACGCCUCCUCCGCCCACGCCGCCUCCGCCCACGCCGCCUCCGCCCACGCCUCCUCCACCCACGCUUCCUCCGCCCGCGCUACCCGGUGGUCCGCUCAUUCCGCCACCUCCUUGCGAGCCAAACCCGCUCUGCCCGCUCUGCCCGCCCCUCGUCGCGCCACUUCCGCCGCCUCCGCCGGUCGAGGGGGGCCGGGAGGACCGAGUGCCGCCACCCGAUCCCCCGCCGAUCCUUCCCCCGAAACGCGGAAGGCCGAGCGAGCGCGCGUUGCUCGCGGCGUGA